UGGAUGCCCGUAUAGAUUUGCUGGCUAUGCCCAUCAUUCAGCCAUCGCUUUGCUUUGCUCGUUUUCUUUUAUUUAAGCCUUUCGUCUACAGAGAAAGAUCGAACACCCAGUUUCAUUUUAUAUACUUUCUAUUUCACACUGAUUCUUAAUUCCUCCCACUCUUAUCUUCUUGUAUUUACUUGCAAAGAAAAUAGAGGGAAGAAAGGAAAAAAGGAAGCCCCAAAAUGAAAUAAAAAAAACCUAUGAAUCUGGGAGUUUUCAUUUGAUGGAUGUAUAGAUAGAUCUAAAGCUUUGAAAACCCACAUGUAUUGCUCUAUUCUGUUUAGAUCUCCGUCGAUUUCACCGGCUAUCAUUCAGUAGCUGAAUACUACAGUAUAAAACAGCUGAAUUCUACUGAGAGGACUGUGGUGGGAGUUUAUUGAUUCAAGUUUUUUUUUUUUUUUGGUGGGUUUGGUGCAUCCAAUUUUGGAUGUUAAGGAGGAAUUGGAGGCUGGCCCUGGUGAGAUGAGGGAUGUUAUCAAGGUUGGUCAACUUUCUGAGGGCCUGCUGGCGGACAUCUUCAGACCGUGGUUCGGAUGCAGCAGGCCGACAAGAUGGGCUUCUUUGGUACAAAGACAUAGGGCAGCACUUGAAUGGUGAAUUUUCUAUGGCUGUUGUCCAGGCUAACAAUCUGCUUGAGGAUCAAAGCCAGAUUGAAUCUGGCUCCUUGAGCACUCUCGAGUCUGAUCCAUUAGGUACCUUCGUAGGAAUAUAUGACGGUCAUGGUGGCCCUGAGACGUCGCGUUAUAUCAAUGAUCACCUCUUCCAGCAUCUAAAGAGGUUUGCCACGGAGCAGCAAUCCAUGUCUGUUGAUGUCAUAAAGAAAGCAUUUCAAGCAACAGAAGAGGGAUUUUUCUCUGUUGUUGCAAAACAGUGGCCUAUGAAGCCCCAGAUUGCUGCUGUGGGAUCAUGCUGCCUGGUGGGUGUUGUUUGUAAUGGGACCCUUUACAUUGCUAACCUUGGUGACUCUCGUGCUGUGCUGGGAAGGCGUGUCAAGGCAACUGGGGAGGUUCUAGCCAUCCAGCUGUCAUCAGAGCAUAAUGUAGGAAUAGAGUCUGUCAGGCAGGAGAUGCGUUCUUUGCAUCCUGAUGACUCACACAUUGUAGUUUUAAAAUAUAAUGUAUGGCGAGUAAAAGGCCUCAUACAGAUUUCUAGAUCCAUUGGUGAUGUUUACCUUAAAAAGCCUGAAUUCAACAGGGAGCCUCUAUAUCAAAGGUUUCGGCUUCGUGAAACUUUUAGAAAGCCAAUUUUGAGCUCUGAACCAUCAAUAUCUAUGCAUGAACUCCAACCUUAUGAUCAGUUUAUCGUAUUUGCUUCUGAUGGUCUCUGGGAACAUCUUAGCAAUCAGGAUGCAGUUGAUAUAGUUCAAAAGCAUCCUCGCAAUGGGAGUGCUAGGAGGCUUGUGAAAGCUGCCUUGCUGGAAGCCGCUAAAAAGAGAGAAAUGAGAUACACAGAUUUGAAGAAGAUAGAGCGAGGCGUACGCAGGCACUUCCAUGAUGACAUCACGGUUGUAGUUGUAUUUCUCGAUUCAAAUCUUGUGAGCAAAGCCAGCUCAGCGAAUAGCCAUUCAUUGUCCCUCAGAGGAGGUGGAGUUAACCUGCCUGCAAAAACUCUGGCUCCCUGUGCCCCUACUUAAUGUCAGUCGAUAACGAGGUUAGCAACUCCUACUGUUGUAUCUAGCUGAGAGUCGUCCUCUUAUCUUAUGUAAUGCCUUCAGUUGUUAUAAGCAAAGAAAGGAGAAGGUGCAGUGUUUUAAUUAACAUUUAUUUAUUAUAUGUAUAUUUUUUUUCUUUGUACAAUGUAACAUUUUAAGAGAGAUAUGUAUAUUUUUUUUCUAUGUACAAUGUAACACUUAAGAGAGAGAUUCUAUUUAGUUUAUAUAAGCCCUUUGAUCUGGGAAGGGAAAGAAUCAAGAAGCUACAGCAGCGAAGGUAACAAAAUAAAGAUUCGUUCUCAUUUGUAGCAUUGAUUUCUGUAUAUUAUGGUUGCUCUAAUUCUGUAGUUUUUGGGUUUUGUAAAUUAUGUCGACAUCCCUGAAAAUCGAACUCUCUAGACUUGUUGGUUACAUGUUGCAAUAAAUAUUUGAGUUUAUGUUGAA